UAUCAGGGCAACCAACAUCCAUUCCAAUCCCUCUAAGCCAAAAGGACCAACCAAACUUUAACCCCAAACCCUGUCUCCAACCGCCCAAAACCUGCAUAUAAGAACCCGCCCCCCGCAGCCAACAAACACUGCCCCAUACCACUUCCAACAACACCAACAUCAACACAAUAGAUAAAUUCAAAUCCAAAAUGUCCCAACCCAAACCCAAUUCAAAAAAAGGAAAACCUCUCUUCAAACCAACCCUAAUAAUCCACGGCGGCGCGGGUGCCCUCAAAAGAUCCACCCUCCCCCCAUCCCUCUACGCCCAAUACCAAACUUCCCUGCUCACUUACCUCCGCUCCACGCACGCCCUUCUCAAAUCCGGCUCCACAGCCCUCGACGCCGCAGUCCACGCCGUAACUCUCCUCGAAGACGAUGAGCUCUUCAACUGCGGCCGCGGAAGUGUCUUCACUUCCGCGGGGACCAUUGAAAUGGAAGCCUCUCUCAUGGUAACGUCUCUCGUCUCUGAUGAUUCCUCUCCCGAUUACCCAGGGUCGACCAAGAGGGGCGCAGGCGUUAUGGGGUUGAAGAACGUUCGACACCCGAUUCUGGCCGCCAAGGAGUCACUCUUACGGACCGGAUCUAGGGUGAAUGGAAGUGAGGACGGGGGCAGCAUGCAUUCGCAGCUUGUGGCGCCGUAUGUGGAGAUGAAGGCCAGGGAGUGGGGACUGGAGUUCAUGCCUGAUGAGUGGUUCUGGACGCAACGACGGUGGGACGAGCAUCUCCGGGGUCUGCGGGGCGAUCCUGAGCCGGUCAGUUUUAGUCAGGGGACGGUGGGGUGUGUUUGUCUUGAUAUGUGGGGUGGGGUGGCUGUUGCGACUAGUACCGGGGGGCGGACGAAUAAGUGGCCUGGACGGAUUGGGGAUACGCCGACUUUGGGGAGUGGGUUUUGGGCGGAGGGGUGGGACGUUCAGUGUAAUGCUGUAGAAGAUGGCGAGGAGCGUGAAGGGGGAGGGUUGUUGGAUGGGGUGUUGGGGAGUUGUUUGUCGUUCUUUAAUAGCAGGGAAAGGGGUAGGGGCUAUGUGUCUUUGCCUAUGGAGGUUCCUUUGGAGAGGGGACUGGGGGAGAAGAUGGUGAUGUGUUCUAGUCCGGAGAAUAGAGUCAAGAGACGGGCUGUUGCUGUUUCGGGUACUGGGAAUGGGGAUUCUUUUCUGAGGGUUGCGGCGGCGAGGACGGCCUGUGCUAUGGUUCGUUUUUCGGGGUGGACGCCUACGCUGGCGGAUGCUGUUUCUGCUGUUGCUGGGCCGGGUGGUGAGUUGCAGCGUUCCGCUGGGGGGCGUUGGGGGGUUACCGGGGAGGGUGAAGGGGGUAUUAUUGGGAUUGAGGCGGAGGUGGAGGUCGAUGAGGAUACGGGAGUGCCUGUGUCUGGGGUGGGAUUGGGACAGGGGAAGGUGGUGUUUGAUUUCAAUUGCGGAGGGAUGUGGAGGGCGUGGGUGGAAGAGGAUGGCGUUGGGAACGAUAUCGAGAAUGUGAUGGUCUUCAGAGAGCCGUAUUAAAUGAAUUAUUCAGACCAGACUCUUUUUGGUGGAUUUGUGGUACUAUUCUGUCUCAUUCUUGUUCAGGUUUGAUGCUGGAGCCUGUAGCUUGAUAGCGUGAAAUUUAAAGCAGAAAGAUGAGAAAUACAGGAAGUGAUAUCAUG